AUGGAGGACGACUCUCAGGGCAAGCACAAAGCGUCGGACGUCCGGUCCCGCUCUGCCCUGCUGACGGUGGCGCUCUUCGCAGGCAUUUGCCUCGGAUUCAUGGGUGCUGAGCGCGUGUAUCUGUACAACCAUGGUGGUGCGGUGGCAACGGGCGGUUUGAUGCGCUCAAGAGUGGCUCGCAGCCUGGGCUCCAAGCCAGCCAAUGAGCUGGAGAGGGUGCUGCGCGAGGUGGCUCCCACUGGAGAGGUCAUGAUCGCCAUCUCCAACAUGAACCUGAUUCACAGCGAGUCUCUGACGCUUUGGAUCCAGAGCCUACAACGCCUCCCAUUCAAGAACUGGAUGGUGGUGGCAAUAGAUGAGCAGCUCCGGGAUUAUUGCAAGGAGAAGGGGAUCAAUCAUUACUACCGACCUGUGGUGAUUCCGGGGACGCAGGCCAAUACCGGGGACAACCAUGCCAUCUCUGCGAUGAAGUUCGAGAUUCUUGAGGAGUUUUUGCAGCUGGGAUGGGAUGUACUGCUCAGCGAUGUGGACAUCAUCACGGUCCAGAACCCCUUUGACUUCUUGGUCCGCGACUCGGAUGUGGAGGGCAUGAGUGACGGCUACGAUGCGAGCACCGCCUACGGCGAGAUCUAUGGGGUGGAUGAUGCUUCUAUGGGCUGGUCACGGUAUGCGCAGGGCCACAAGCACAUGGCUCUUAAUUCUGGCCUGUUCUGGUUGAAGGCCAACGCCCGCACCAUCCGCCUGAUGCAGCGCAUUGCCAAGCGCGUCAACACCGAGCGGCAGUGGGACCAGAGCGUGUACAACCAAGAGAUCUUCAAUCUGGCGCACGGCGAGUACACCUCCCCCCAAGUGAGCGUGAGGGUGAUGGACAUCUACCUCUUCAUCAACUCCAAGACGCUGUUCAAGUAUGUGCGGAAGCUGCCACUGGACCAGCAGAAACUCCCCGUCAUGAUGCACAUGAACUACCAUCCGGAGAAGACGGAGCGGAUGAAGGCAGCACUGAAGUACUUUGUGGAAGGGGACAAGAAAGCGCUGGAUGCGUUCCCGGAUGGGUCCAUGUGA